CUAGUGGCGCUGUUUGCGCGUCUGUUUAUACAACACCGCGCUUUUCUCAUGUAAACUCCAUUUAUUUCUCAUUUUAACUGAAAUAAAGAGGAAAUUCAGUCCUGGAGAUCUUAUACACAGUGUUUAGAGGAUGCUGGCGACAGGAGCGGCGGUGAGCACGGCGCUGGCUCAGGUGGAUCGUGAUAAAAUCUACCAGUGGAUCAAUGAGCUUUCGAGUCCAGAAACACGUGAGAAUGCCCUGCUCGAGCUUAGUAAGAAGCGUGAGUCUGUUACUGACCUGGCACCCAUGCUCUGGCAUUCAUGUGGCACCAUUGCAGCUCUUCUUCAGGAAAUAGUAAACAUCUACCCCUCUAUUAAUCCUCCCACACUGACGGCUCAUCAGUCCAACAGAGUGUGUAAUGCCUUAGCACUACUACAAUGUGUGGCAUCACAUGUAGAGACACGCUCUGCUUUUUUGGCAGCCCACAUUCCCCUGUUCCUGUAUCCAUUUCUUCAUACUGUCAGUAAAACUAGACCCUUUGAGUACCUUCGCCUCACCAGCCUUGGAGUCAUAGGAGCCCUGGUGAAGACAGACGAGCAGGAGGUGAUUAACUUCCUGUUAACGACAGAGAUCAUCCCGCUGUGUCUGCGCAUCAUGGAGUCGGGCAGCGAACUCUCUAAAACGGUUGCUACAUUCAUCUUGCAGAAGAUCUUGCUGGAUGACACAGGUCUGGCCUACAUCUGCCAGACCUACGAGCGGUUCUCUCACGUUGCCAUGAUCCUGGGAAAGAUGGUUCUCCAGCUGUCUAAAGAACCAUCAGCUCGACUGUUGAAGCACGUUGUGCGUUGUUAUCUGCGACUCUCUGAUAACUCCAGAGCACGGGAAGCCCUGCGUCAGUGUCUGCCAGACCAGCUCAAAGACACGACCUUCGCUCUGGUGCUGAAGGAUGACACCACCACCAAGCGCUGGCUGGCUCAGCUCGUCAAAAACCUGCAGGAGGGACAGGUCACAGACCCGCGCGGCAUCCCUCUGCCGUCACAAUAGCACACACACACCUCGGUAUCAGAAACAGGGUACAUCCAGGGGACGACCGUGUCUCUCUUCCGCAAACACCCACAGAAGACUGUUCUCAUGUACAACAGCACUUAUGCAUGAGUUCUUUUGCCAGUUAAGUAAGUGCUCACUGUAUGUGGAUUUUGGUUUUGAAAUGUUAUGAGUUGAUCAGACGCCGUUUUUUUAAAAAUCUGCCUCUUUUUCUCCGUCUGUGUGUGGCUCAUACAGGCGAAGCUUGGGUCGUCUGUAAUGUCCACUUUGUUUCACAACGUUUAAAUGCUGUAAAAUAAAUUGGAAUCACUGUG